UUUACAUUCCGGGAGUCGCUCUUACAUUCUGUCGCGCACGGGCCUCGUCGCAUUGAAGAAGUCAAGGAACCUAAUCUAACCCGCUUCGAGAUUUCGAGUGACCGGCGAUGGCGACGCGUCGCGCCGCGCCGUUGCAACCGUUGCAGAAAGACGGCCUUCUCCUCGCUCGCGAUGACGAAGACGACGACGACGGGGAGACGUCAUGCACCACGAAAAUCUAACAAUGAAAGCGAAACCAGGGCUUCAAUUAUCGUCCACAACUUGUCGUGUUCAGACGACCAAGGCGACUAUAUAUGCCAGAAAGCAGGCAUCGCGCAGUCAGUCCGUGACACUGAAUCGCCAUAUCUCAUUCUUAAAACUGACCUCGGGCUGAAGCUUCACGUUUUAUCUUAGACAGUUUGCUUCACCCUUCUCACCGAAGAUGACGUUUUGUAUUUCGCGAAGUUUAACUGUGGCAAUAAGCUGCUUCGCCAUUCUGAUCAAUUGCAGUCCGAAGUUCGAUGAUGGAGGAUUUGUGCCGAGCUCUAUCAGCUACAUGGAAAAGCAGGCAAAGGCGCAGGAUCAAGUGGCCAUGCCGUCGUCUCAGAUUAAACAGCACAAUGAACCAUCGAAACGCGAAUCCGAGACAAACGACAUCGUGGAUCGCGGCCAGGAGGCGCGAUUUGGUUUCACCAAUGUCGGAGGUACUGGGAGUGGUUACGGAGUGUCACCUUAUGCGCCGGCAAAGAUAGAUCUUGGCGGACUUCUCUUGGGAGCCAUUAUAGGCGUGGGAUCGAUCCUCAUCAUCCCAAAGCUGCUCUAUAUCCUGUCGGGCACUUAUGGCGCGUACGCGAGAAGUGAUGACAACGGCUUCACCCAGACCCUGACGAGGAUUGACGAUGUCCUGGCCCGUUACGGCAUCGACACGACCUCAUGCAUGCAACGCGCGGUAUGCACCUACUCGCAGCAGGCGGCUGCCGCGGCGGGUGACGAAAACGAGAACGAAAACAGGAACGAUAAGGACGAGAAGACGACGUCCUUCGAGAAGAUGGUGAACGCAGUUACCACCAACCAGGUGUUCCGCACGGCCAUGCAAGGCACGGCGAUCGAGGAGGCGGUGGAGACUGGUAGGAACGGCAGAAACUGCUCAAGAUCGUAUCCACAUUGCGGCUUCUCGAUGGAGACGAUGCUAUCGCUGCUGGCUAACGUCAUCGCGACGGCAAACGCGCGCGUCACGACACCCACUGACUCCUCGUCAUUGUAA